AUGCGCUGCACAUUUUCCUCCUUGGUGCUGGCCACCCUCGCCAUUGGCCAGGCAUAUGCUGCCACCGUCUCUGGUGUGCACUCGCAUGCGCACAACCAUGCCAAACGCAGGCACGACCACGUCGAGAAACGUGCGGCAGCUCUGUCUGAUGCCGAUGCUGCCAAACUGAGCUCCUUGGGUGUGGCCUCGCUUGGUGCCAACUCCUACACCGCCAAUGGGCACGCCUGGCUCGGACAGGAUGGCCCGUACCAGAAUGAGUUCGUCAACGAGUCGGGCGAGGAUCUGAUUCUCGUCAUCUGGGGCGUUGCAGGCUCCUGGAUCAACGCUGUCCAACCCACCAUCACCGCCUCGCUUCCCUCCAAUUCAUCUACCUGGGUUUCGUUCGCCGAUGGUGCUUCUGGUGCUUGGACUGCCAUCUACCCCGAUACCCAGAUGGUGAACGGACAAGUCAGCAACACCUGGGGCGAGUUCACCUUUGGUGAGUGGGGCGUCGUCGACGUUUCACGCGAGGUCAACAUGAACGGACACUCGAUGAGCAUUGUGGGACCAUCAUGCACCACUGACAUGGAUACUUGCGUCUUUGUCUGCUCUUCUGGAGACGUGUGCAUGUUCGACUAUCUCCUCCUCAACUGCGAGAACGGCUCUCAACCCGGUGCCAACUAUGGUACAUUUGAAGGCUCGCCCAGCGGAGGCUGUGGUGGCAUGGGAUCUUCUGCCACCCUCAAGACAACUUUGUCAUAA